AUGGCGCUGUCGGGGAUGCGCGGGCUGUCCGUCUUCAUCAGCGACAUCCGCAACUGCCACAACAAGGAGCAGGAGCGCCUCCGCGUCGACAAGGAGCUCGGCAACAUCCGCACCCGCUUCAAGAACGAAAAGGGAUUGUCGCAUUAUGAGAAGAAAAAGUAUGUUUGGAAGAUGCUUUAUAUACAUAUGCUGGGUUACGAUGUUGACUUUGGGCAUAUGGAAACUGUUUCCUUGAUAUCCGCGCCGAAGUAUCCUGAGAAACAGGUUGGAUACAUCGUGACAUCUUGUUUACUUAACGAGAAUAACGAUUUUCUAAGGAUGGUCAUAAAUACAGUACGCAAUGACAUAAUAGGACGAAAUGAGACUUAUCAAUGCUUAGCAUUGACGAUGGUAGGUAAUAUUGGCGGGAAAGAAUUUUCUGAGUCAUUGGCCCCUGAUGUUCAGAAACUUCUUAUUUCAAGUAGCUGCCGACCUGUAGUCAGAAAGAAGGCUGCUCUAUGCCUUCUGCGACUUUAUAGGAAGAACCCAGAUGUUGUGAAUAUCGAUGGCUGGUCUGAUCGGAUGGCACAACUUCUAGAUGAGCGUGAUCUAGGUGUGCUGACAUCUGUCAUGAGCCUUUUUGUUUCACUAGUAUCUAAUAAUGCUGAAGCAUACUGGAACUGCCUCCCAAAGUGUGUACGAAUAUUGGAGAGGAUGGCAAGAAAUCAAGAUAUUCCUCAAGAAUACACCUACUACGGAAUACCAUCUCCUUGGCUUCAGGUUAAGGCAAUGAGAGCUCUUCAGUACUUCCCUACCAUUGAGGAUCCUAGUGCAAGGCGAGCUUUGUUUGAGGUUUUACAACGUAUUUUGAUGGGCACUGAUGUUGUUAAAAACGUCAACAAGAAUAAUGCCUCACAUGCUGUUCUCUUUGAAGCUCUUGCUCUGGUUAUGCAUCUUGAUGCUGAAAAGGAGAUGAUGUCCCAAUGUGUGGCUCUUCUCGGCAAGUUUAUUGCUGUCAGGGAGCCAAAUAUUAGGUAUCUUGGUCUGGAGAACAUGAGUAGAAUGCUGUUAGUAACAGAUGUACAGGAUAUAAUUAAAAGGCACCAGGCUCAGAUCAUUACUUCUUUGAAGGAUCCAGAUAUCAGCAUUAGAAGGCGGGCUCUUGAUUUGCUGUAUGGCAUGUGUGAUGUUACAAAUGCAAAGGAAAUUGUCGAGGAGUUGUUGCAGUAUCUUAACACAGCUGAAUUUGCAAUGCGUGAAGAGCUGGCUCUGAAGGCAGCCAUUCUUGCAGAGAAGUUUGCUCCAAAUCUUUCAUGGUAUGUUGAUGUUAUACUUCAGUUGAUAGACAAAGCAGGAGAUUUUGUAAGUGAUGAUAUAUGGUAUCGAGUGGUACAAUUUGUCACCAACAAUGAGGAUCUUCAGGCAUAUGCUGCAGCUAAGGCGAGGGAAUACCUUGACAAGCCCGCUUUGCAUGAGACCAUGGUCAAGGUCAGUGCUUACCUUCUUGGAGAGUAUGGCCACCUUUUGGCCCAAAGACCUAGUUGUAGCCCCAAGGAGUUGUUUACCAUUAUAAAUGACAGGCUCCCAACAGUAUCGUCAAGUACUGUUGCUAUUAUUAUCUCAGCCUAUGCCAAGAUACUUAUGCACACUCAGCCUCCUGAUGCGGGACUGCAGCAACAAAUCCUGGCAAUAUUUAAAAAGUACCAGUUUACUCAUUCUUCUUUGAUGACAUGCCACCUUUUGUAUGUCUGUGAAGUUUUUUUUACGCUUACAUUACAUUUCAGGCAUGAGAGUUAUAUUGAUGUUGAGAUUCAGCAGCGAGCAGUUGAAUAUUUUGAACUAAGCAGAAAGGGUCCUGCUUUGGCUGACGUAUUGGCUGAAAUGCCGAAAUUUCCUGAACGUGAGUCUGCUCUGUUGAAAAAGGCUGAAGAUGCUGAAGUUGACACGGCAGAGCAGAGUGCCAUAAAACUACGAAGUCAGCAACAAUCAUCCAGUGCUAUUGUUGUAGCUGCUCAGCCCCCUGUAAACGGACCAGCCCCGGCUGCUAAUCAUCUCACCCUUGUGAAGAUGCCAAGUCAAAACAUUGCCGAAGAGAGCAAUGUCAUUCAUGAAGAAACCGCGGUAGAAGCUCCAAAAGAAAAUGGUGCUCCCGUCGAAGUUCAGAGAAAUGUUGAGAUCAUCACUGAGCCCGCUCCUGUUAGUAAAGUUGAGCCGCCUGCAUCUCGUCCUGCUUCUCAAGCAGACCUCCUUGCAGACCUUUUGGGCCCUCUUGCAAUAGAGGGUCCUCCUGCUGCUGUAGAGCAAACUCCUGCUCAAGGAUUGGAGGCUAAUCAAAGUCCAGUAGGUGACUUGGCACUGGCUACCCUUGAGGACCAGUCCAACUCUGUUCAGCCAAUUGUCAAUGUUGAGGAGAAGUUCAAUAUAUUGUGCACGAAAGAUAGUGGAGUUCUGUAUGAGGAUCCUAACAUCCAGAUUGGUUUAAAAGCAGAGUGGCGGGCCCAUCAUGGUCGUCUCAUUCUUUUCCUGGGGAAUAAAAAUACUUCGCCCCUUUUGUCAUUGCGGGCUUUGAUUUUGCCUCCUAGCCAUUUUAAAGUGGAACUCUCGUCAGUACCUGACACUAUUCCUCCUAGAGCACAGGUGCAAAUCCCAGUCGAGGUUACAAAUCUCCGCGCGAGUAGAGAUGUUGCUGUUCUUGAUUUCUCAUAUAAACAUGGAGCUGCACUGGUGAACGCUAAACUUCGACUUCCUAUUGUGUUGCAUAAAUUCUUGCAACCUAUAACUCUUUCCCCUGAAGAUUUUUUCGCCCACUGGAAAACAUGGAAUGUUCAGUCACUCAAGGUUCAAGAAGUGGUUAGAGGUGUAAAACCAUUACCUAUUCCUGAGAUGGCUAGUCUUCUCUUGAGCCUUCACCUGGCAGUUACUCCUGGACUUGAUACCAACCCGAACAACAUGGUGGCGUGUGCUACAUUCUUUUCGGAGACAACCAAUGCCGCGCUUUGUCUGGUGAGAGUUGAAACAGAUCCCCAAGACAGAAGUCAGCUCCGGCUAACAGUCGCAUCAGGAGAUCAAAACCUGACAUUCGAGUUGAAGGAGUACAUCAAGGAACAUCUGAUCGACAUCCCGAGGGCUCGAGUGGCCCCCCCUCCCGCUCCGCAACAACCACAAAUGCCUCCAGCAGCGCCGGCGACAACAUAUAACGACCCUGGUGCCAUGCUAGCUGGGUUGCUAUGA